AUGGCUUCUGAAGCCCCCAAGGAGUUGCCUGUGCGCCCUGCCGCCCAGGCCGAGGACAACGCUCAAAACGCUGCCGCCCCGCCAAAAGAUGCCAAAAAACAAGCCCCCGCCGCCGACGUUCUCCCUAACUGGCUUGUGGAGAGAAAUAACCUAUUCGAGGAACUUUGGCAACAACAUCUGGAGGAGGCCAAGUCACGCCCGCGCUCCGAGAUCAAAGUUACCCUCGAUAUCGGUGACGGCAACCCCUACUCUGUCCCCGCAAAGGCCAACGAGACCACCCCCGGCUCUUUCCUGCGUGACGUACCCAAGGAUGUGAGCGCCGACGUUGUUGUUGCAAAGGUCAAUGGGGAGCUGUGGGACCUGAACCGUCCUUUGGAGGGUGACUGCAAUGUGGUGCUAGUCAAAUUCUCUGAGGAGGAGGGCCGUGCUGUAUUUUGGCAUUCGUCAGCUCACGCUCUCGGCGAAGCCUGUGAGUGUGAAUUCGGCUCUCUCCUAACACACGGGCCGCCUACGGCAACAAACUUUUUCUACGAUCAAUUUCUGCCGGCAGAACGUGUCGUGCACCAAUCCGACUGGCCUGCACUUGAGAACAGAGCUUCACGCAUUUUUAAGGAGAAGCAAAGCUUUGACCGAUUGGAAGUCACAAAGGAGAACCUCAAGAAGAUGUUUGCGUACAACAAGUACAAGCUGCACUAUAUUGAUAAGCUUGUGACUGGGGAGAAGAGUACCGUUUACCGCUGUGGUACUCUGGUCGAUCUGUGCCUUGGGCCUCACAUUCAGAACACCGGCAAGAUUAAGACUUUCAAAAUCCUGCAGAACUCCUCCGCAUACUUCCUCGGUGACCAGAACAAUGAUUCUCUUCAGCGUAUUCGUGGUGUCGCUUUCCCCGAUAAGAACUCCAUGAAGGAGCACUUGAAGUUCCUCGAGGAGGCUGAGAAGCGCAACCACCUAAGAAUCGGCAAGGCACAAGAGCUGUUCUUCUUCGACGAGGUUUCCCCUGGAUGUCCUUUCCUGCUACCCCGCGGUACCUUGAUUUUCAAUGCCCUUCAGAAGCUGCUACGAUCCGAGUACCGCAAGCGCGGCUACCAGGAGGUCCAGACCCCGAACAUGUAUGAUGUUAGCAUCUGGAAGCAAUCCGGUCACUGGCAGCACUAUGCAGCUGAUAUGUUCAAAUUGGACGUCGAGAAGCGCGAGUGGGCCCUGAAGCCCAUGAACUGCCCCGGUCACUUUGUCCUGUUUGGCCACCGUGAUCGUAGCUACCGCGAUUUGCCUAUGAGAAUAGCGGAUUUUGGGGUUCUUCAUAGAAACGAAGCAUCUGGUGCUCUGAGCGGGCUGACUCGUGUGAGAAAGUUCCAGCAGGAUGACACCCAUAUCUUCUGCACGAAUGAUCAAAUUGAGUCUGAAGUCGAGGGUCUGUUCGACUUCUUGCAGUCCAUCUAUGGUUUGUUUGGCUUUACCUUCAAGUUGAAGCUGUCUACUCGCCCUGAUAAGUAUAUGGGUGAGUUGGAGACUUGGAACCGCGCCGAGGAGCAGCUCAAGAAAGCCAUGACCAAAUUCAAGGGCGACGACUGGGUCAUCGAUGAGGGUGAUGGAGCCUUCUACGGCCCAAAGAUUGACAUCACCAUUGCGGACGCCCUCAAGCGUGAGUUCCAGUGUGCCACCAUUCAGCUGGAUUACCAGGCUCCCAUCAACUUCAAGCUUGAGUACGUGGAUAAGGAGAAGCCCAAGGAUGAGGGUAGCGAGAAGACGGAGGGUGAGGCCUCCAACCAACCCGCAGCUGGUCGGACCCGCCCCGUGGUUAUCCACCGUGCCAUCAUUGGUAGCUUCGAGCGCUUCCUUGGCAUUCUGACGGAGCACUUUGGUGGAAAAUGGCCUUUCUGGCUCAGCCCUCGCCAGAUUAUGAUAAUUCCGGUCAUGCCCGCCCUGAAUGCCUAUUGCGAGGAGCUGCAGGAGAUUCUCCGUGGGGACAAGUUCAAUGUGGAGAUUGAUAUCUCUGGUAACACUCUCCAGAAGAAGAUCCGUACCGCCCAACUGGCUCAGAUCAAUUUCAUCUUCGUGGUCGGACAGCAGGAGAUGGAGUCUCGCUCGGUCAACAUCCGCAACCGUGACGACCCGGCUACCCAGAAGCUGGGUGUGAUGGUGCCCCUUGACGAGGUUCGGGCGAAGCUGACUGCGCUGCGUAAGGAACGUCGCUUGGAGAACAAGCUGUAG